UCAGUUGUCUCCUCUUCCUCUCCAGCUGAUCCAGUUGUCUCCUCUUCUCCUCCAGCUGAUCCAGUUGUCUCCUUUUCCCCUCCAGCUGAUCCAGUUGUCUCCUCUUCUUCUCCAGCUGAUCCAGUUGUCUCCUUUUCCCCCCCGGCUGAUCCAGUUGUCUCCUCUUCUCCUGAAUGACCCCCAAGGAUGGACAAGGACAGGAAUGAGAUGACUAAGAGAAUAUUACAUUUCACCUUGGAGAUCCUCCACCUGCUGACCGGAGAGGAUUACACCAUAGUGAAGAAGACAUGGGGGGAGUGUGUGGCCCCCAGCAGCCAUCUCCAUGAGUCAGGAGGACGGAGCAGGGCCCGGGGCCCCAUCACGGAGCCUCCACCUCACUCACUGAUACAUGAGGAGAAGAUCCUAGAACUCAUCCACAGGAUCACUGAGCUGCUGACUAGAGAGCUUAUUCAAGGGAUUUGAAGAGCAGUGAAGACCAAGCGUGGGGUCAAGAUAUCACCAACUCUCCUGCUGUUUGAGAAGCCAUGACUACCUCUCUAUUAUGAAUGUACAAGGUGUUGACCACGUUACUGCGUGACAAAUUUCUUCCAGAUCCGCCCAUGAGGUAAAGGCUGCUCUCGUGGAAUGGGACCACGACCCCUCUGGUGAGGACACAGAUAAGUCACAGAUGAAGAUCGUAUUUCAAAUCCAUAUUAAGAUGUCUUCAGAGCGCUCCUUCAUUUCCAGCUUUACAAAGGAUGGGGGAUAAGAUGUCUGAUCGCGGGUCCC